AUGCAGGGUUUCGAUAGAUGGGACUGGUCAUCAAGUCCUGGGUCGAAUGAGGAAAUCGAGGAGCAUGAAGAACUCAAAAGAUUGCUUGAAGGGGUGCGAUUUAGAGACUCGAUUGAUAAAUGGCAGUGGAUGGGAGGUUCAAGUAAGGAAUUCUCAGUUAAGGAAGCGAAGCGGUUCCUAUCUAAAGACAAAGACUAUAGCGGCAGGUUUGUUUUUGCAUGGUCUAAAUGGAUUCCAAAGAAAUGUAACUUGUUCAUGUGGAGGGCGGUUAUGGAUCGAAUACCAACUUUAAAAGCGUUACAAAGAAGGAACUGUACGUUUGGGAGUAUGGAAUGUAGUAUGUGCAAUGAAGGGGAUGAGACCACUGAUCAUAUCUUGUGUGGAUGUACAGUUUCGAACAAGAUUUGGCAGAAAAUCUCUAGUUGGUGUAAGGUUAGGCAAUUGAUCAUUUUCUCUGUUAAAGAUUUAAUAAAGAUCCACUUGCAUUUGGGGUUGGGAAAGAAGGAAUCGAGGGUAUUCAAAUGUAUCGUUUCAGUAGCUUGUUGGUGUAUAUGGAAAGCAAGGAACGAGACGAUAUUCGAGAAGCGCAAGUUGUCUGCUGUUGUAUAA